AUGGAGGCGCAGAGGAUGAGGAUGCUGAUGCUCCUCUGGCUGAGGUCUCUAAGCACCAGAGUGGCCCUCGUGGGUGCUAAUCACACCGCCGCCAGGUUCUGCAGCCGCUAA